AGGGGAGAGGGGACCUCCGCGCCUGCCCCUCUCCGCGCCGCGGGCUCCCCUGACUCAGCCUCCAGGCUCAGCCCCCCCUGCCCUGCAAGGCUGUGGCUGUCAAUCAGGCAGAGGGGGUGGGGCCAGCAGAUGGGGCUCCACCCCUCCCUGCCCUCCCCGGUAGCAGCAGGUUUGAAGCACAGUUCCAUUGAGCAACUUUUUUUCCCCCUCCCCAGCUAUGGAGGUGGGGGCUGCCGGCAGGCUGCGGCCGCUGCCCAGGAGUUGGGCUGCUCCUGUGGGCUGCUGAGUGGCUCGUGUCCAUGGACUCCUCCGGGGGAAGGAUUUGUUAACAGGAAAAAGAAAAGGGGGGGAAGCCCCUAGAGCCCAGCAGCAGCCUCCAACGUGACCCCCCCCGGCAGGGGGGACACGACCCUGCAGGCCGGACAAUGACCAGCCUCUCCUUUGAGGACACGUCCCUGGACAGCCUGGACCCUUCCUUGACUCUGCAGGAAUCCAGCGAAAUAGACACAGCCCUGCUGAGCGACAUCGAUGCGGCGUCCCACGUCCAGUUCACCCCACAGUCCUUGGCAGGCUACCAGAGUCAGCACGGCUUCACUGCAAUACAGCCCGGAGGGGCUGCCCCAUCCCCGCCCAGCCUCCCUCACUCCCCUCCGCAGAUCCAGCCCGUCACCCUGCAGGGUCAAGUCCAGAACAUCUCAGCCCAACAGCUGCUGGCUACAGCCACCAUGGGCACCACCCACACCGUCUCCUCCCAGAUCCAGCAAGUCCCGGUCCUGCUGCAGCCCCACUUCAUCAAGGCCGAGUCCCUGUUCCUGACGGCUGUCUCCGGGGCAAAGACCUCCACCCACACGUCGCUGGCCACCACGGCGGCCGUCCAGUCUGCACCGCUGCAGGUCCCGGCCCUGGUGAGCGGCGGCACCAUCCUGGCCACCGUGCCGCUGAUGGUGGAUACCGACAAGCUGCCCAUUAACCGGCGGGCGGCCAGCGGGAAGCCGGCCGUGGUGCAGAACAAGGGCGAGAAGCGGACGGCGCACAACGCCAUCGAGAAGCGCUACCGCUCCUCCAUCAACGACAGGAUCAUGGAGCUCAAGGACCUGGUGGUGGGCUCGGAGGCCAAGCUGAACAAGUCGGCCAUUCUGCGGAAGACGAUCGACUACAUCCGCUUCCUGCGGCAGAGCAACCAGAAGCUGAAGCAGGAGAACCUGACCCUCAGGAUGGCCGCUCAGAGCAACAAGUCCCUGAAGGACCUGGUGGCCACAUGCAGCGGGAAGCCGGACGUGCCCAUGGAGGAGACGAAGCCGGAGAUGAUGGACAUGCUGACGCCCCCGCCCUCGGACGUGGGCUCCCCCUCCCACAGCAGCCCCCUCUCGCUGAGCUGCGGCAGCAGCAACAGCAGCGACUCGGAGCCCGAGAGCCCACUGUUCGAGGAGACCAAGGGGUAAAAGGAGCAGCAGCUGCUGUCCCCUGGCAGCCUGGGCAUGCUGGAUCGCUCGCGCAUGGCGCUCUGCGCCUUCGUCUUCCUCUGCCUCUCCUUCAACCCCCUGGCCUCCCUGCUGAGAGGCGCCAGCCCCGAGGGCGCCCCAGAGAGCAGGGGCUCCCUCAGCCUCGGCAGGAACAUAAUGGGCCAGCCGGAUGCCGGAGACGAGGCCUCGAGCUGGCCCACUCUGAUCUUCUGGGGGCUCAAUGUGCUCGUCGUGCUGGGAGCCUUCGUCCGGCUCUUCAUCUACGGCGAGCCGGUCACCCGCCCCUACUCGGAGUCGUCCGUCCUCUUCUGGAGGCACCGCAAGCAGGCGGACCUGGACCUGGCGCGGGGGGACUUCGCCCAGGCCUCCCAGCGGCCUGCCCUGAAGGCCCUGGGCCGCCCGCUCCCCACCUCCAACUUCGACCUGACCUGCAGCCUCAUGUGGAACCUGAUCCGCCACCUGCUGCAACGCCUGUGGGUGGGGCGCUGGCUGGCUGGGCGAGCCGGAGGCUUCCGGCGAGACCGCGAGCUGAAGGCUGACGUGCGCAAGAGCGCCCGUGACGCGGCCCUGGUCUACCACAAGCUGCACCAGCUGCACAUGACCGGGAAGCACGUUGGGGGCCACCUCUCUGGCAUCAACAUGGCGCUGAGGGCGGUCUCCGUGGCGACGCUUGCCGAGAUCUACGUGGCCGCGGCGCUUCGUGUGAAGACCAGCCUUCACCGGUGCGUCCACUUCCUGGCGCGCCCCUUCCUGUGCAGCGCCCGGCAGGUGUCCCUGUCGCACAGCGGCACCGUGCCCCCGGCCCUGCAGUGCUUCGUCGAUGGAGACUGGUCUGUGAAGGGCACCCCGAGGGACAGCAUCUACAGCUCCACCGGCAACCCAGUGGACCCCCUGGCUCAGGUGACCCAGCUGUUCCGUGAGCACCUGCUGGAGAAGGCUCUGUGCUCCGUGGCCAUGCCGGAGCCCAGCCCACCGGCCACCCACACAGAAGGGGAGUUCUCCGAUGCCCUGGAGUACUUGCAGCUGCUCAACGGAUGCUCAGACGCGGCCGACGCCCCCAACUGCACCCUCUCCAUCAGCUCCGACAUGGCGGCCGGCACAGGUGAGGCCAUCGCGGAUCAGUGCAGAUGGGGCGGGGGGCCGGCGCCGAGAGGCUGGGCGGAUGCUGCCAUUGGGGCUCUGACGGGAGCACGCGGCACCUGGGGUGUCCAGGUUAAGCUGAGCGCGGUGACCUGGGGGAGCUGUGAGAAUUACUGGAGGCCCCUGCCCAGGGCAGCGCUGCACUCCUUCAAGGCCGUGCGAGCCCUGCUGGGAAAGCAGGACAGCAGCCAGGCCAGCCUGGGCCAGUGCGAGAAAGCCAGCGGCUCCCCGCGGGACAGCCGGCGGCGCCUGGCCCAGACCUUCCGGCCAGCCAUGCGCCGGGUGUUCCUGCAUGAAGCCACCGCCAGGCUGAUGGCCAGAGCCAGCCCCACCAGGACCCACCAGCUGCUGGACCGCAGCCUGCGCAGGAGAGGGGCUCAAGCCAACAAAGCAGGUGAGGGGGCGGCCCUGCUGAGGGCUUGCUGCUACCUCCCGCCCAGCUUCCUCUCCGCGCCCGGCCAGCGCGUAGGCAUGUUGUCCGAGGCCGCCCGCACCCUGGAGAAGCUGGGCGACAAACGGACGCUUCACGACUGCCAGCAGAUGAUCAUCAAACUGGGCAGCGGCACCACGGUCACCACUGGAUAGCGUCGCGGCCGGAGAGCCAUGGACCGCGGGGGCGGGAAGGCCGCUGCUCGGCUGGGCCCGGCCUCCGCUGCUCCCUCUGAGCGGCUGUGUCAUGGCCAACGUGUCUCCUUGCUUCAUUGCCAGGAGGGCUUGUCAUUACCACUGGGGGCCGGGGCAAGGGCGCUGGGAGCCUGGACUCUCUUCGCUGACCCUGGGCAAAUCACUUCGCUGACCCUGUGCCUCAGUUUCCCCAUGGGUGUAGUACCCUUUGCUAGCCUGGGGGUGCUGGCUGUGGAGCGGUGUUGCAGGCAGAGCGUUACGGGGGUGGCGCGAAGCAGGCUCUGGGGGCUGAGCAUGGGGGCUGGGACAUUGGCUGGGGGUGCCCUUGCUCCCCAGCCUACUGCUGAAACCUGGCCUCCUGCACACACGCACUGUGGGGUCCAACUGGCCCCAGCUAGAAGUUCGCCCCCAGCAUGUGGGGACUGCCAGGCGCUCUGUGGCCCAGGCUCUGCAGCCUGCUGAGCACUCGCCCUUGGAGCCACUGGCGCUGGGGGACAGCCAGGCCCUUGUUGUUACGGUCUUAUGGGCCAUGGGACCGGCACAGGCCUGGGUGUGCUCUUCUCCUGCCCUUGCCCUCCGCCCCUCUGCCCCACUGCCCUUCCCUCCAUGCCCCCAGCCGCUGAGGGUGGGCACUGGGACCUCUAGUGGCACCUUCUCUGCUUUGCAGUAUUGGUCCAUUUCUCCAGCCUUCUCCCGUGCCUCCUCCAGACAGCCAGUUCCGGGUUGAUGCCCCGGCCUUCCCCCUCCCUUCCCCGUUGGAAGGCCCCUGACUCCCUGCAUCAGCAGCUGGCAGAGCCCUGGGCACCAGCUCAAGGGGCUUCAGGGAAAAAGAAGAGCCGGGUGGAGGUGGGGGCAGCCUUCGGUGAUCCUGGGGGAGAGCGAUCGCAGGGGUGGGGCCGGGCACAGAGCCCCGGGCUCCAUGUUGGCUUGGUCUGGCAUGCUACCCACAGGGCUGGGGCUGUGUUUGCAGAAGGGCUCAGUGUUAGUGCUGGGGGGGGAGGUCUGGGGUGGGCAGCACCCCCCGCGGGGGGGCCGCAUCAGCGUGCUCCUGCUCCGGCAUGGGGGCGGCCACGUGCCAGGACUCGCAGUACUGUACCUCGCCGCCCCGCCCCGCCCUGGCGUUUCCUUUCUACCGGUUAUUUUCAUAGUUGGAGAGUUUUUUGUACAGAUGAUUAAAGUUGCUUAUUUAUAACCGUGCCUGUGCUGGCUGGGGGGCGCUGU